UUUACAACCACUCAUUUUCACCAGUCUUUGUUUUCUAGAUUUAUUUUUAUGGCUCGUUUAGAGGUGCAAAGCAAGGGCGCGCACACACAGUUCAGCUAAUACAGUCAGAGUUAUAUACGUGGUGUGGAAAUACAGAAUUCCCGUGUUUUCUGAGUAAUUCCACUUGGAAUGACAUGAAUUGCUUAGCAAGUUAGACACGUCGGCUACAGUAUAGCUUUCUAAGAAUGAAAAAACGAAAUGUUUUUCAUUGCCAACUCCAAGGGCUCCACUACGCGUAUUUGCGUUUACCCGAUCCGUGUUGUGUCUGUCCACCAUCAGCAGCAACUGAGUUUACUCUUAGUAGUAGCACUGCUGUUCCCGGUGCAUUUUCCCAGAAGAAAUGGCUGAUUUUGCAGACGAUACUGGAGCUCGAGCAUUGCUGGCUCUAAAAUCUGCCCCGUGUAGCCCGGUCAGAGUGGCAGCUGCACCCAUGUACACUCUGUCCUCGAAUUCGGCAUCCAUGGCGCUCUCCUCAGCGCCCCAGGCCCUUGCGCGUUUGGAAGGCAGGGAUUUCGAGUUCGUCAUGCGCCACAGGAUUGUGACCGUGGGUCGGAAUUCAUCGCACGGGUCUGUAGAUGUCAACAUGGGCCAUUCAAGUUUCAUAUCUCGGCGACAUUUUCAGAUAACUUUUGAAGAGCCGUUUUUUUACCUACGGUGCCUAGGGAAGAAUGGUGUGUUCGUAGACGGUGUAUUCCAGAGGAGAGGCGCUCCCCUUUUUCAACUACCGAGAGAGUGUACCUUCCGGUUUCCCAGCACGGUCAUUAAGAUCCACUUCACCGCACUCUACCGCAAGGAGGUGCCGAAGGAGGAGGCCCCACUGUCUCCGGUGAGGCCGUUCUAUCCCUCCACCUCCCCGCUGAAAAUCCACAUUCCCGACAACGACCUGCGGAACAUGAUGAGCCCUCUGCCCUCUCCAACUGGAACCAUUAGCGUUCCCAACUCCUGCCCAGCGAGUCCACGGGGAGCGGGGUCCUCAGGGUACAGAUUUGGACACAGCGUCACCUCUGACCUGCAGCUGGCGGCGGAGUUCGCGGCCAAGGCGGUGUCUGAGCAGCGGGCGGAUGCUUCUGGAGAUGACAGCCCAAAGGACGAAUCCAAGCCCCCCUACUCCUACGCCCAGCUCAUUGUCCAGGCCAUCUCCUCCGCCCUGGACAGACAGCUCACGCUUAGCGGCAUCUAUGCCCACAUCACCAAGAACUACCCCUACUACAGGACUGCAGACAAGGGCUGGCAGAACUCCAUCCGGCACAACCUGUCCCUGAACCGCUACUUCAUCAAAGUGCCGCGGUCUCAGGAGGAGCCGGGCAAGGGCUCCUUCUGGAGGGUGGACCCCUCGUCGGAAGCCAAGCUGGUGGAGCAGGCCUUCCGGAAACGCAGACAGAGGGGCGCGUCCUGCUUCCGCACCCCCUUCGGCCCCCUCUCCUCCAGGAGUGCCCCAGCGUCGCCCACCCACUCGAGCGGCCUGCAGACCCCGGACUGCCUGUCCAGGGAGGGCUCCCCCGUGUCCCACGAGCAGGACCUGGGCUCCAAGCUGGCCUCCGUGCCCGAGUACCGCUACACACAGAGCGCGCCAGGCUCCCCGGUCAGCAGCCAGCCGGUCAUCAUGACCGUGCCGCCGCAGCCCGCCAUCCCCGGGGGAGGGGCCAAACCCCUGGCCUACCUACCGGCCUCCCUCAUCGCCCCCCAGCAGCCCCAGGGCCACGCCCUCCACAUGGUCCAGCAGGCGCCCACCGUCACCAUGGUGAGAGUGAUGACCACCUGCGCCAGCUCCCCCAACGGGUACAUCCUGGCCAACGCCAACCUGUCGGGGAACCAGCAGGUGGCAGCAGAGAACUCCAGUGGGCAAAGAGGUUCCGGAGAGGAGAAGAUGGCGGUGAGCUUCGCGACGCUCCCCACGGCGAGCCGCGUGAUCCAAGCGGUGGGCACCCCGAUCGGCGGGAUCGGCGGCGGACAGCAGGCCUUCACCGUCCUGCAGCAGACGCCCGUCUCCGCGGGUCAGCACCAGCUCCCCGUCCGGCCCGUCACCCAGAACGGCAAGCACGCCCUCCCUGUGGCCAGCAUCUCCACCAGCGCCUACGCUAUCACCAAUCCACUUCAGCUGCUGGCAGCCCAGGCCUCCAGCUCUCCGCCCGUGGUGGUGAACAGGCCGGCCAGUACGGAGGCUGAGGAGCCAGGCUCAACAGCAGGCGAGCCUGAGGCCAAGAGGCCUAAGGUGGAAGACGGUGAAACGGCUCCAGUCCCUCAGCCGGUUAUUGUAGCCAUGAACCAGGACGCCAGUGAAUAAAGUUGCAAGUUGAAAACAGGAUUCAGUGAAGAAGGUUCUUACGUGUUCCUCAGUUUAUAAACCCGAUGUGCCAAACAAAUAAGGGGGGAGGGUCUCUUAUUGUGAGCUUACAGGGGAGUCAACAGAGCAAUCCAGCUGUUCAAAUAGAGACAAUUGAUUGUAUAAUUUAACCUGGGGUUAUUUUUGUUACCUUGUGUUUGAGCCACGGUUUUUCACUUUGUUUAAAGGCGUUGUCCAUUAAGCCUUAAAACAACAGGUGUACUGCUGUCUGAUUUGCGGGGGGAAGGCUAGCUGGUAGCUGGAAAUGCUAAUGGUUCCUCACAACAGAGAGAGAGGAGAGCCUACCCACAAAAGUCAUCAAAAAUAAGAGCAUUAAUAUUGUAUUCAAUAGGUACCCUCAAAGUAGUUCUUCGGUAAGUUUCAGUAACCAGGUUAGGGUGGGACCAAAGUCUAUGUCGCUAUCUCUAUCUGACAUGAGGUAGUCUCACUAAUGAAAUUAUUGUUGAGAGUCUGGGGGGCCCUGUACUUUGAGGGGGUGUCAACUUCUUAUACAAGUUAUUGUGAACAGGGAUUUAUUCAACUUUUUCUAUUUUAUGUUAGCUUUCAGUUGUGAUACCUGCUAUUUUUUAAAAUAAAGAAUGUUACAGAUAAAAGCAAGAAAUGAAUGACAAAAAAAAUUCCACUGGGAUGGAAGUUUAUUUUUUCACCUAGUGUCCGAUUUAAUGUGUUUAUACAAAAUAUUUUUCUAUUAUCGUAGUAAUAGAUUAUCUAUUAUCUUUGGUUAAAAAAAAUAGAAAUACUCAUCUCAAAAUUGUCACCGUUUGUGACUUGUUUACCUUGUAGCGCAAUAUCAAAAUCACUUAAUGAAUGUACUUUUAAUCUGUUUUUUAAUGGUUCACAGCCCCUGCGUAUACCGCUCUUCUUUAUUGAGUAUGCUAGGUACAGCUGACUGUUGUUUAAUAAUUACCAAAAGUGAAAUCACUUGCAGUAAGUACAAAAAAUUUUUAAAACUAAAAAAAUAUUGACGGCUAAAAGGUAGUUUUCAGUUUAAGCACAAUCCACAGCCAGAUGCAUGUUUCACAGAAGGAAAUGGCAGUUUGCCAUACGAUAAGCAGGUUGACCUCUGAAAUAACCUUACUGUAUGUCUUUUCAUUUCAGUUUGCGGUAAAAUUUACUACACCUGUACUGGCUAAAGGCCAUUACUUCCUAUGCUCUGUUACUGUCUGCGUACAUUUUACAUUGAUUUGAUAAAGGAUAUGCACGAACCUACCAUAUGAAAUUUGAAUGGGAAUUACCUUUCCGCUAACCGAAGGGGCUAUCGUUAUUUGGAAUAGUGUGAACAUGGUUUCUUGGCAUAAAAAACAUAGGUGCCACAUUUAAUCUAAUUUAAUUUAAUAAAUAAACAGAGGAAGGCAAGUUAUUAUUGAACAUUUUGCCAGAAAGUUGUAAGGUCUCCUUUAUAUUCAGUUUUUUAAAUAUAUAUAUAUAUGUUGUUUUUUGUUUUUUUUACCUCACUCUUUCUGAAGUGCUGAUCAAGGAAAUAGCCAAAAGAUUUGAGUGAAACCUUUUCAAAAAUCUGGGAUUUCCAAGAAGGAAAAGCAUUGAUCCCAAAUCAACACCUCACUUUUAUAAAAAUAAAAAAAGCAAACAAAAAGACAAAAAAUUAAAAAAAAUAUUU